AUGAAAUUCCUCCCUUUAGAUGGAUUACCCCAGCAUUUAAUUCAUAGCAGUCAUUACAGCACCAUUGCAGAGCAAAUUGCGACCACAUUGAUUUGUGGCCAGCCUAGCUGUUAUUCUUCUAUGUACAAAACCCUGUCUCCUCAAGCAAUUUCAUUCGGUGCUGUUUCUCUGUGGCUUGGAAUGGAGCAGUUCAGUGUCAUGCUUGAAUUGUGGCCACUUCCAUAUGAAAUUGUGGCCAUUCCAGCUGUUAAUCCUUGA